AUGUCAGAACCCUGUGAGAAAGAUUUGCAACUCAAGGCCGUGGUCGGUUUUAGUGGGACCGUACCAAAUGGGCUGAUACUCCACCCUGACCCUUCUUACCUAAUCUGCGGGUUAGGCUCCGCUGUCGUAAUCAGAAACGUGAAAACAAAGUCCCAAAAAUUUCUGCAGGGGCAUGAUAACAAAAUUAACUGCAUUGCUCUCAGCCCGUCUGGACGGUUCAUAGCUUCCGGUCAACGCACACACAAGGGUUUCCUUGCAGAUGUCAUAAUCUGGGACUUCGUCCAGGGCAAAGAACUACACAGACUCCGGUGGGUUUCGUUCGACCUCGAGUUCUCUAAAGAUGAGAGCUACUUGGCGACACUUGGAGGCCAGGAUGACAAUAGCUUGGUCAUCUGGAACGUGGCGGACGCAAAGGCCAUCUGCGGGACGACAGCUGCAGCAGAUACCGCGCUAUGUGUGAAGUUUUUUAACAACACGGAGACAUUCCUGCUAACUGCGGGCUACUACCACGUCAGAAUUUGGCAACUUGACGUCAAGAACAAGAAACUCCGUCUCCACGAAUGCCAACUUGGAAAGCUUCAACGUAUCGCGCAAUGCGUCCUGAUCACGCCCGAUGACUCGCUUGCAUACUGCGGGACUCAGUCAGGCGACCUUUUGGAAAUAUCUCUUAGCCACGGCCUUUUCAAGAGGUCGGGCCCUGCCAAGGGCGUCUUUCCUCAAGGAAUAACCUGCAGUGCACGCCUGCCGGAUGGGGAUAUGCUUGUUGGGACAGGAGAAGGAGUACUUGCGAAGAUUGAGGCGGACUCGCUAGCGACCAAAGGGACGUGCCAGGUUCUCGGCGCAGUGACAAGCAUCGCCCUAGCUCCCGACCAUCAGCACUGUUUUGUUGGGACAAAGGUGGGAAACAUUUACUGGGUCGAUGUGGCUUCGUUAACUCCGGAUAUCCGAUACACGUGCCAUGUAGACAGAAUAAACUGCGUCACGUUUCCUCGAGACCUUUCAGAGCUCUUUGCGACCGCGUCCAUGAACGAGAUACGCCUCUGGAAUGCACGGACGUACCAGGAGUUGCUGCGCAUACACCUUCCCCUGCUAGAAUGCUACUCAGUGGCGUUUAUGCAAGACGGUGCCUCAAUCAUCUCUGGCUGGUCAGACGGCAAGGUCAGGGCUUUCCUGCCUCAGUCAGGACGGCUUCUCUACGCUAUCCACGACGCGCAUAAAGAUGGGGUCACAGCCAUUGUUGGGACGCAGGACAGCAAGCGAAUCCUCAGUGGGGGAAUCGCAGGAACUGUCCGAGUGUGGAGCACUGGCGAACGCACUCAAAAAAUGCUGGCAAGCUUGAAGGAACACAGAAGCCGAAUUUGGUCACUUCAACUGCGGAAGAACGACAUGCACGCGGUUUCUGCUGCGGCCGAUGGAAGUAUCAUAGUGUGGGAUCUCGGAACGUACACAUCAGUCAUCUCUCUCGUGGAAAAUACAAUAUUCAAGAGCGUUGUAUACCACCCUGACGAGAUUCAGCUGCUCGCAACUGGAAGUGACAGGAAGGUUCAUUUCCUUGAUACUUUCGACGGGGGCAAGAUACGCGUCAUCGAGGCGGCCGAUAAGGGGGAAACGAACUGCUUGGCCAUCACGAAGGAUGGGAAUUACUUCUGCUCGGGUGGAGACGAUAAACUGUUGCGGCUGUGGGACUACGAGAGUGGUGAACCUUUGUACAGCGGAAUUGCCCAUACAGACUCAAUUACCUGUUGCUGUAUCAGCCCGGAUCAAUCCACUCUGGUUUCAACGGGGCAAGAAGGCGCCAUCUUUGUGUGGGAAAUUCCAGAAGAGAUCAGAGGUCCCCCCCGCUCAGACGCAGAGGAUCCCUAG